AUGGUAGACUUAUUGAGCAUUGCCAUUGCGCAAUGUAUGGUUACCUUUUGCUUAGUGUACUUGAGAAUGCAAUCUGUGAAUAGAUCCCUAAUGAAGCCACCACGUCAUUUCAGAGAUAAGUUACUAAAAGUUAUUGAGAAAGGUGGAAGUUUGGGCGAUAUGUUCCAUUCGUGGAAAGUUGGUUCUGUGAGAAGAGAGUUGUUACUAAGAGCUAAGGAUGUGCGUAAUUUUACAAAUGAAAAGGAUGCAGGUCUACUAGAUAUUAUGAUGAAAGAUACAAAAGAGAAAGAAAAUAUUAUUCAAUCACUGAAACAUGACGAAAAAUCUGGGAGAAUUCUAUUUGGAUUCUUCCAUCCAUAUUGUAAUGCUGGAGGAGGUGGUGAGAAAGUUCUAUGGAAGGCCGUUGAGACAACUUUAAGAUUCGAUCCAAAUAUUGUAGUGGUAAUAUAUACAGGUGACUGUGAUGCUACUGGUGAGCAAAUUCUUGGAAGUGUAAGAAAUAGAUUUGAUUAUGAAUUGGAUGCAUCAAGGAUAUCUUUCAUCUUCUUGAAAUAUAGAAAAUUGGUAGAUAGUAAGACAUGGCCUCAUUUCACUUUAUUAGGGCAAGCGUUUGGUUCGAUUGUAUUAAGUAUAGAAGCUAUUUUGAAAUGUCCACCUGAUAUUUGGUGUGAUAGUAUGGGUUACCCAUUCGGCUACCCUUGGGUAUGGCAUCUAUUAAGAAUUCCUAUUAUCACUUAUACCCAUUUCCCUGUUAUCUCUAGUGAUAUGUUAAACAAACUCGCUCAUCAACAAAGGACUUUUAGAGUCAUACUUAAAGGGUUUUAUUGGAGGUUAUUCAUGAAAUAUUAUAAACAUGUAGGUAGUUUUAUUACUAUUGCAUGUACAAAUUCAAGUUGGACAAAUGAUCAUAUCUCAAGAAUUUGGACCCAAUGUAGGACACAUGUAAUCUUCCCACCUUGUUCUACUGAGAAAUUGGUACAUUAUGAAAAGGAAGGAGAUUUACCUGCAAAAAGAAAAAAUCAAGCUGUAGUCCUAGCUCAAUUUAGACCAGAGAAAAGGCACAGAUUGAUUAUUGAAGAAUAUGCUAAAUAUUUAAAGACUGCCCAAUAUGAUGAUGUUCCAAAAUUAAUAUUUAUUGGAUCUACAAGAUCUGAUGAAGAUAGACAAUAUAUAAAAGAUUUGAAAGUAUUAGCGUUAGAUAAAUUAAAGAUCCCACAGGAACGUUUUGAAAUUAUGCCAGAUCUUCCGUAUGAAGACAUUAAAAAAAUGUUAUGGAGUUCCACUUAUGGGAUUAAUGCAAUGUGGAAUGAACAUUUUGGUAUUGCAGUAGUAGAAUAUAUUGCUGGUGGUUUAAUCCCAAUUGUUCAUGGUAGCGCAGGCCCAUUAUUUGAUAUUGUGAUAGAUAAUGUUGGGUUUUUCUUCCUUGACCCCAGUGAUCCCGACUAUAAGGAGACAAGUAGCAUAUUAGGUUUUGGGACAUUAUGUGAUGCUUUCAAAGAAGUUAGUUAUUUGAAAGAUAAGGAUAAGAAAAAAUUAUCAGAUAUUGCUAUUAGAAUUGCAUUAACUAAAUUUUCUGAUAGUAGAUUUGAUGAGAAAUGGAUUGAUCAUGUUUUAUCUAAGGUCAAUAAUAAGAACACACACUGA